AUGAGCCACCUUCGAAACCAUCGCGUCGUUAUCGCCUCCCUCUUUCUCCCGACCACCGCCGUCAUUGGCGAGUCCAACCCGCCGUCUCCCGAUCCUGGCUUCACCGGCGCAGGACCCCUCUCCCCGGCUCCCGUCGCUGUACCCGCACCCGCUUCACCGCCACCCGAGAGACCGCCGUUCCAGCACAAGCACUCGCGAUCGCUGGGCGGAAACCCACCGCUGAAGAGCAUCGUCGAAGAUCUCAAGUCCCGACAAUCACGGGCCAUCACUCCUAUUUCGACACCAGGCUCCGAGGGCUCUAACCCGUUCUCCAAGUUCGCCUCGCUCACCGCCCAAACCGACGAGGCCGUCACACUCGCCACAGGGCUCAGCGAGACGCCCAUGAACCCGAUCGGCCCGCCGCGCAAGUUCCAGACGACACACCCGGACACAUCGCACGUCUCGCGCCUGCAGCGCAAGCACCCGCGCGCGCCGUCUGCCAUGGCGACGGCGGCGCGCAACUCGUCCGCGAGCGAUGACGGCAUGGUGGAGGUGCCGUGGCAUACGGAGAGCAACUCGCAUUGUAAUGGCGGGUUGAAGAAUGCGAUUGACGCGGUGAGGGACCGGCUCUCGGAUAAGAUGUGGGUGGGCACGUUGGGCACGAAGACGGACGACUUUAGCGACGUAUUGAGGAAGGACGUGGAUAUGCGCAUGUCGGAAGGGUGGAAGAGUGUGCCGGUGUGGAUCCCGGAUAACGAGUUUGAGAGUUGCUAUGAUGAGUUUUGUCAUCAGGUUUUGUGGCCAGCUCUGCACUACGCGGUCCCCGACGCGCCGAAAACGAAGCUCUUCUAUGAAAGCGGGUCGUUCAAGCAGUACCAAGCCGUCAACCAGCGCUUUGCAGACGUGAUCAUUGCAAACUACAAAGAAGGCGACAUCAUCUGGGUAAACGACUACCACCUCAUGCUCCUCCCCGCCCUGCUGCGCGCCUCCCCAGUCACGCGGGACGCGCCCAUCGGGUUCUUCAUGCACGUCGCCUUCCCCUCCUCGGAGAUCUUCCGCUGCCUCGCGGUCCGCGAGCCGCUCCUGCGCGGUCUGCUCGGCGCCGACUUGGUCGGCUUUCAAACUGCCAAUUUUGCGCGUCACUUUAGGCAGACGGUCUCGCGCAUUCUGGCGCUCGAGUCGCUGCCCAAGGGUGUACAGGUCGAGGCGCAGAGCGAGGCUGAGGGUGCGACGAGUGGGAGUGAGGCGGUGAAUGGACAUGGGGAGCGUGGGAGGUUUGUCGAGGUGGGCGUGUUCCCGAUGGGGAUUGAUGUUGGUGCGUUGAGGGAGAAGAAACGCCAGCCGGACGUCGAGUACUGGGUGCAGCUGCUCAAGCAGCGGUAUGCAGGCAUGAAGCUUGUCGUUGGCAGAGAUAAGCUCGACGAGAUCCAGGGUGUCAGACAUAAGCUCGAAGCAUUCGCGCAUUUCCUCAAGAAACACCCGGAGUCGCAGGGCAAGGUCGUCCUCAUCCAAGUUGCCCUCCAAACCACCGAAUCCAACGAGCUCGCCGGCGGUGUCUCCGACGUCGUUGCACGCGUCAACUCGCAGUUCUCGACGCUCACAUACCAGCCGAUCGUGUUCCUGCACACACAGGACCUCACGUUCUCGCAGUACCUCGCGCUGCUCACCGUCGCAGACGCGUUCCUCGUCACGUCGCUGCGCGAGGGCAUGGCGCUGCGCACGCACGAGUUCGUCGAGUGCCAGGAGGGGCGGCACCGGCCGCUCAUUCUGAGCGAGUUCACGGGGAGCUACAGUUAUAGCGGGUUCAGGAGCUGUAUUGCGGUGAACCCGUGGGAUACGCGUGGGACGGGGGAUGCGAUCAACCGAGCGCUGAGUAUGGGGGAUGAGGAGGCGAGAGAGCGCUGGGUGGACCUGCAUAACCACGUCGUCACGCAGACCGCGCAGGCCUUUGUCACCUCGUUCCUCGCGCGCUGUCUGCGCGCGCACACGGAACACCUCGCGUCGCAGCACAGCAGCAGCACGAGCAGCAGCACCGUCCAGCACCCGUCGCCGCUCGACGUCUCGCGCCUGCUGCCGCGGUACAAGUACUCGAGCCGCCGGCUGCUGCUGUUCGACCUCGAGGGCACGCUCUGGCUGCGCGACAUGUCGCGCGCCGCGCUGCAGGCGCCGUUCACCGGCCUGCCCGAGGGGCCCGUGAACGUCCUCCGGCGGCUCGUCAAGGACGCGCGGAACGAGGUGUGGGUGCUCAGCGGGCUGCAGGCGAAGGGUGUGCUUGAUAAGGUCGCGGAGGCGGUGCCGGGCGUGGGCGUUGUCGCGGAGAACGGGUGUUUCAUUCGGACGAGGGGUACGCGGAGGGAGCCGGCGGAGUGGGUGAGCAUGCUGGGGAGCUUUAAUAUGACGUGGAAGGGGCCGUGUGUUGAGAUUUUGAACUAUUUCACGGAGCGGACUCCGGGUGCGUUCGUAGAGGAGCGCGAGGCGAGCGUGGUCUGGCGGUUUUGGUCGGGCGCAAAGGACGAAAACUGCCCUGAUAGGCAGUGGGCGCGCAGGCAGGCUGCUGAGGCGCAGAACCACAUCUUUGACAGCCUCGGCGAGCGCUACGGCCUACGCAUCAUCCCAGGCGCCAACUCCUUCCUCGUCCUGCCCAACAACAUCUCCCGCUCGACCGCCGUCGGCGCGAUCCUGCACCCGGGCGGCCCCGCGCGCUCGCCCGCCGUCGCGCCCCGCUCCGCGUGGCUCUCCCCCGCGACCAACGCGUUCGGCGGCGGAGACGAUCUCGGCGAGGUGGGCAUGGGCGACGAGGCGAGCUUUGUCCUCGCCGUGAGCAGCGACGAGAAGCUGCUGCGGAGGCUGAACGAUCUCGAGGGCGCCGAGACGUGCUCGACGAGUGGCAAGGGCACGGAUGCGAAGUGGAGGUUGGACGCCAGGGAGUCGGUCGUCGCUUUGGAGCAGUUUGCGAACGCGAGCGCUUGA